AUGGGCUCUCUAGCCGACCAAGCCGGCCGCCGCCCGGCCUACCUUCUCUGCUUCACCAUCUACAUCGCCGGUAACAUCGCUCUCGCCCUACAACACAGCUACCCAGCUUUGCUUAUUCUCCGCGCCGUGCAGAGCUGCGGGAGUAGUGGCACCGUAGCGCUAGCGUCCGCCGUUGCCGCAGAUGUAAUCACCUCUGCCGAACGGGGCAUGUACAUGGGAAUUGCAUCGUUGGGGAAUAUCCUCGCGCCGUCACUGGGGCCGAUACUGGGCGGUGUUCUUAGUCAGUAUUUGGGAUGGCAGGCGGUGUUCUGGUUUUUAGGGGUUAUGGCAGUAUUGUUUUUUGUGCCAUUAGUUCUGUUUUUCCCCGAGACUUGUCGGAGGAUUGUGGGGGAUGGGUCUGUCCAGGCGAGGGGUUGGAAUCGGUCGGUCUUCAACUGGUGGAAGGGGCGUGGUCACCCUCUGAGCGAUGGAACUGAUAGUGAGCUUCGUCGACCGAAGAUAACAUUUCCCAAUCCGCUUGGUACGCUGCGCCUUCUAUUUCAUCGACCUACCGGAUUCGUGCUUUUGGCAAAUGGCAUCAUCUAUGCCAGCUACUAUUCCGUCACUGCUGGACUACCGGUGCAGUUCCAUGAGCUGUAUGAUCUACAAGACUUGGGUAUCGGCCUAAGCUUUAUUCCAGCUGGAUUAGGCUCGCUUUUCAGUGCUACAGUGAACGGAAUGCUAGUGGACUGGAACUAUCGCCGCAUGCGAAUAAGGAUGGGGUUACCAGUAACCAGGGACCAGAAGCAAGAUCACGGUGAAUUCCCAAUCGAGCGGACCAGAUUGCAGAUUGGCCUGCCCAUGAUGCAGCAGCAACUGUCGGAUCCUACGGCUGGAUUCUCUCUCUACAUCCACCACUAG